AUGAGUAAAAAAAGACAUGGAUUAUCAAAAGAGGAAAUUGCUAAGCAAUUUAUGCUACCAGAGAGAAAAAGUAAAAUAGCAACUUUAUUAAAACAAGAUGGGCAAGCUUAUUGUAUUUGUCGCAGUUCUGACAGUUCUCGGUGCGAUGCCUGUGAAGAAUGGUACCAUGGAGAUUGCAUUAAUAUUACUGAAAAAGAUGCUAAAUAUAUUAAACAAUUUUUUUGUGUGCGGUGCAGAGAAGAAGACUCGACAUUAAUAACCCGCUACAAGCCUCGUAAAACCGAGCAAGAAGACCGAAGGUUCAAAAAGUACCGCCACAAAGACGGCAGAACCCCCGGAACGGGAACCGGAACCGGCCGGGGGUACGAGUACGACGAGCCGUGGGCAGAAGAGGCUCUGAUAGUAAAAAAACCUCAAUCAAAGCGCUGCGGAGAGUGCAGCGGUUGCUUAAGAACCGAGAACUGCGGCAAGUGCGACCCCUGCCGGCAUUUAAAAAAAUUCGGGCUCUCAGUUCGGCUUAAGCUUCGCUGCAUCCAGCGAACUUGCCGUUCCAUUGGCGCAAUCCCGCUAAAACCUUCUAAAAGCCUGAACCGCUCGGAGAAACCUAGCAAGAAGCGCAAGCGCGACUCUAGUAAUGAAAGAGAGCAGCUUUAUAAUUUAUACGAGACUCCUAGGCAAUGCUACGGCCCAGCUUGUACUAGGCAAUCUAGGGUGGGCAGCAAAUACUGCUCGGAUGAGUGUGGGAUAAAAUUAGCGACCAAUAGGAUUUAUCAGGUGCUGCCACAGAGGAUUCAAGAGUGGUCACUGACAUCUUGCGUCGCUGAGCAGAACAAUCAGCACUCUCUUGAGUCCAUUAGGAAGCAGCAGCAGGAUGUCAGGGUUAUUCUUCAGGAGUUGGAUAAGAGACAUGCAGAAUUGGAUAGAAUUGUAGAGAGAGCUAAGAAUGCAACAAUUGAUCCUAAUUUUGAGAUUGAUGAUAAUGAUGACACUGAGAUGAGCAUGUAUUGCAUCACUUGUGGGCAUGAGAUUCAUUCAAGGACUGCUAUUAAACAUAUGGAGAAUACGAAUCUCAAGCAUCAUUCGGUUCAAUCUUCAAAACCCGAAUUGAAGGUCAAGUGAUGUUCUGCGAUUUCUUCAACCCAAUAAACCGAACGUACUGCAAGCGCCUGCGUGUCCUCUGUCCCGAGCACUGCAAGGACCCAAAAGUGAGCGACACGGAGGUCUGUGGCUGCCCUCUAGUGACGAAUGUCUUCGACACUACCGGGGAAUUCUGCCGAGCACCGAAGAAGAGCUGCGUUAAGCACUAUGUGUGGGAAAAGCUGCGCAGGGCGGAAAUAGACAUGGAACGCGUCAGACAAUGGUUGAAGAUUGACGAACUGGUGGAACAGGAACGCCAAAUCCGUUCCAAUAUGGCGACUAGAGCAGGGGUUCUCGCGCUGAUGCUCCACUCAACGUAUAAUCACGAGUUGAUGGAACAAAUGACUCAGGAGCAGAACCGGGAACAGUUACAAGCCAUGGAGGAGGAGCUUGAGAGGAGGUACAGUCAAUUUAAUCAACGGAAAGUUAAUUAA